CAGCUUUCUCUUUCUUUCUCUCUGUCUCUCUGUGCAUUGAGACCCACCACCUGAACAACCCUGAAGCUUUCUUAAUUUCCGUGAAUUUAAUAUGGCGUUUUCUACAUCAGGUCCUGGAAACGUAGUCCUUUCUCUCAAACUAGCUUUAAUUUCCACCGUUGUAUUGUCAGUUGCGGUGAUGCUAAAGCUAUCUGUUCCGGUGGUUACAGAUUUUGCAGUCACUGAACUUCCAGUCGUGUAUAGCUCUGUUAUCUCUUGGCUUCGGCCUCCUUAUCUUUAUUUGGUCAUCAAUGGCAUAAUCAUCUCAAUUGUCGCUUCCUCCAAGCUCCAAAAACCUGAGGAACCCUCUACACAACCGGUGAUAAUUCACCAGCCAACGCCAGCGGUGAUGGCAACGAAGGCGUCUGCGGAUAUAUCAUCUGACUAUAUUGAGGGAGUUGUUGUGAGCGGAUCGCUAUCUGGGUACCAAGAUUUGAAUGUGGCAGACAAGGUUGUGCCUGUGGAUGAUCGCACUGUGAACAAAAUUGAUGAGGGUAGGGUUGUAGAGCAAGAGAGACCGGUGAUGGGAGGUGGUGAUGAGGCUGCGGUUUCUUACAAAUCGGUGCAGCAUCCACAGAAGAGCGAUUCUGUGGAGGAUUUGUUUGAGAAAGAAAAGAAGAAACCGCUGGUUUCUGCAAGGUUUGGCUCCAAGAAAUCAGUGAAAGCAAAUCCUGAAGCCGGGAAGGCAACAGUGUUAGGCGUAUCAAAACCGAAACGGCACGAUACCUUGGAGAGCACAUGGAGGAUGAUAACGGACGGCCGUCCAAUGCCGUUGACCAGACACCUAAAGAAAUCGGACACGUGGGACACUCACGUUCAUCGCGACGACACCACGACACCUCAGCCGCUUCCGACGAAGAUGAAGAAGUCGGAGACUUUUAGCGAAAACAAGUCGAAGCUGAGGCGUGAUAGUGAUCAGGGAUCAGGGAAACUGAAGAAGGAACCGUCAUUGAGUCAGGACGAGUUGAACCGCCGAGUGGAGGCGUUUAUAAAGAAGUUCAAUGAAGAAAUGAGGCUGCAGAGGCUGGAAUCGUUGAAUCAGUACCGCGAGAUGCUCAAUAGAGGGGCUUAUUAGGAAUUUUGAUUAAAUUUGUGGGUUGAAAUGUAAUAGAGCACGAGACUGCUAAGGUGGUUGGUUUGUAAAAUAGAAUCCAAGUCUCCCAAGUGUUUAUUGGCUAGAGACGUGGACGAUGGAAAAUCUGAAGGCACAAUUUAUUGUUUUUUUUUUUUUUUUUUCUCCAAUGGAUUAGAGAAAAUAAAUAAAACUGCCAAACUCACUGUUGAUUUCA